AUGACUAGCACAAUCGGCUGUGUGCCUCUCGAUAUUCUCCAGGAGAUAUUCCGUAAUUCUGUGCAGAUAUCUCGACGGGACGCAUGGAAUGAAGAAUCUCUCGUUACGUCUUGGAAAGCACCAAUGUCAGUGCCGUUGUGCCUGUCACAAGUUUGCUGGCUAUGGCGAGAAGUAGCCCUGACAUGUCCGUCUUUAUGGACAGACAUCACCGUAAUCGUUGAUGGAACUUCCGAUAGAGAACGAGACCAACGACUCGUAGAAGCUUUUGACUCUUUGGUCAGAAGGUCAAGAAGUUUGCCGCUCAAUCUCUCCGUUACGUGCAAUACAUACGGCCUUUCAGAACAGGAACUCGAUACUGCGGCAUACGUCCUAAGGAGAUUGCUCUAUGAGCAACUAGGGAUCCGCACGUACCGUAUACAGGUACGACCGUACUCUGUACGGGUCGGUACGUGGUACGGUCGUAAUAGUACGACCGUAUUUUGCCUUCCAGGACACACAUACGGCGACGGUGCGUACCGUAUACAGCCGUAA